AUGCUUGUGACGCAGAAUGUGUCCUCGUCAGAGCAUAGUAUUGGUGAUGAUUUCAAUGUGACUAAUUUUGACGAUCAGAGACUCCUGGAAUUAGCUCACCGCCCAAUUAAGAUUGGGAUAAUAUCGAUUUUAGGGGUGAUGAUUACUUUGGGAAACAUAGCAGUUGUUCUGGUUAUUUCCUCUGCAGUAGCUGGGUGGUCCAGAAACUCGAGAUAUUUUUUGCUAUCUUUAACUGGAGCUGAUUCAGCAUUUGGAUUGGUAGUUAUGCCCCUAAAUCUUUGUGUAAGUCUCGUAAAAGACCAUAGUGAGGGGCCUGAUCCUUUCUGUCACGUCGUAGCGUUUUUUAACGCCACAGUUUAUUCAACUUGCAUGUAUACACUUGCAACUAUAAGCCUUGAGCGAUACAUUGCUGUGUUUAAACCGCUGAAUUACUCCACAGUGAUGACCAGGAAAAGGGCAGUGAUACUUAUCGCAUUUGCUUGGGUUUUCCCAAUUAUUUUACUGCUACCAAUCUCCUUUCCUGAAGGGAUUAUUGAAGUACACUUCUCUACUGCGUCGUUAGUAUGUAAUCCACUGUACUCUAGCAACGUUACCUAUUCCUUGACUUUGACGGGACUCAUAUUUUUCCCUUGCUCAACUAUUAUGACCUAUUGCAAUCUAAGACUCUGGCUUGCAGCAAAGAGACAGCGAUCAAAAUUGCGAAAGCAUCAUUUUGGGGGUAGUCGCAAUAGACCCAAAGUCGCAUCGCGUGUGCUCGUCCCCGUGAUGACGGUUUAUUACACCUGUUGGACGCCUUGUAUGGUGAUAAUGCUUUAUAAUGCUAUGUCUGGAAGUGGCGUCCCAGAGUGGAUAGAAUUUGUGGCUGUGUGGUUACCAACCUCCAAUGGUUUCCUCAACUGUAUUUUCUACUUCUGGAUCAACCGCAGUUUUCGGAGGAAGUUCCAUCUACUUCUCCAGAGAUUGUGUCUCGGACUUUGCCCCAGUGUGGGUAUUGCGCUUGGCUGCACAGCCACGACUGAAGACAACAUGGUGUCAGGGGUCUGGGACAACAACAAUUCUCUUCAAGAGCGCUCAUCUAGUGUGUCCUCUACUUGCACUCUGCUCACCCUUGCUGCUGAGACCCAUAUUUGA